AUGUCAGUUUGUCAGACUAACCCGUUGAACACUCUAGUAUCCAAGUCGUCAGGGUACCGGUUUGGCGCCCCACAGGACCUCCAGCCCGGCCAGAGUCGCCAGGAUGGCCGCGUUUCGCAGUUGGACAGACAGUUUGCCGGUUUUACACAGGACUCGAUGGCUGCUGGAGCAGCAGCAGCAGUUGGAGCGCCUUCAGUAGUGCCUGUUGGAUCUCGAGCCGGGGCCCCAGGGCCGGGGCUGCAAAGCCAGGGUCAGGGCCACGCUGGUGGGCCCGAUGCCGCCUGGAUCGACCAGUUCGCCAAGAUGCAGGUCCGCGACAGGGCCGCAUUCUCAGAUGAGUACAAGCGGAUGUACUCGCAAUACGAGUCACGUGGUAUAUCACGUGACCCACUGGCCCAGGCGUCCCGGUUCGCAAACCUUAACACCAGCGGCAGCAACAACAUGAACAUGAGCGUAUCCAUGGCGGUCCCCAGACCGCUAGCAGCAGCUGCUACCGCCCGCCAGUUGGACGAACAGCUCGAAGACCAGCUCGACGAACAGCUCGACGAACAGCUCGAGGCACAGUUCGCAGAAAUAGAAAGACAAGAACAGCAGCAACAGCAGCAGCAACAGCAGCAGCAACAACAAGAACAGCAACAACAACAGCUCGCCCUCGACCAGGACCAGCUCCAGCUCAAAGAAGCCGCUCAGUCCAUUUACACAACCCUCUCCUCGAACUCAACGCCCAACAACGCAAAAUUCUCAAACUCAAAGUUCCUAGGACUAAUGAGAAACAUCAGCGACGGUGUCGUCACCAUCAAAAAGGACCGCGAACAGGAUAAAUAUACGGAAUUAUAUUCUCCUUCCACCGGCGAAACCUUUGGCGAAGAAUACUUCCCGAUCCAGGACGACGUCACAAGCGAUCCUCUACAUUCGAUAGACGAUUUAUCCAACAUGAGCUCCUCCGAGGCAGCCGCACAUGUGUUCCGCGAUGCAGUGUGA